AUGCGGAGGGUGAGUCUCGGUGGAAUGAGUGAUAAAACAGCAUCGUCGGAAGAUGAAGAUAACCCAUCUGAUUAUGACGAUUAUGAUGGCCAAAUUGCGGUGAUUAUUUGA